CGGCGAUCGAGCGAGCGAGCGAUUAUUCACUCUGUGCCUGCAGCGUCCUCAAUCCUGGGCCCCAAUGUUGGCCGACCUUCUGAGUUGGAAGGCUGACAGUGGUGAAAGGUGCUGUUUAGUUGUUAUACUAAAUAUUAUACACAGUAAUUCCACUCUAUAGGUGGUCUGCAUUACCACAGACACAUUGAGACGUGGAGUAGAAGUCUAAAAUACAUUGCAAACUAUUAUUUGAUAGGCAUACAGACCGUUGGGCCAAGUGCUGUCAGCAAGCGCCUAUUAAGGACAUCUCACACGCACAAUGGGGAAAGUCUUCUCCAAGGCAUUCGGGAACAAGGAGAUCCGAAUCCUCAUGCUUGGGCUGGACAACGCGGGCAAGACCACGAUCCUGUACAAGCUCAAGAGCGGCAAGGGGGUGGCCACCAAGAGCACGGUGCCCACCGUGGGCUUCAACGUGGAGACCGUGACCUACAAGAGCGCCUCCUUCAGCGUGUGGGACGUGGGCGGGCAGCACAAGAUCCGCUCGCUCUGGCGCCACUACUACACGGGCACCCAGGCGAUUGUGUUCGUCGUGGACUGCGGGGACCGCGAUCGGGUGGACGAGGCACGGGAAGAGCUGUCGGGCCUCCUGUCCGACUCCGAGAUGCGUGGCGUUUCGCUGCUCGUGCUGGCGAACAAGCAGGACGCGCCGGAGGCCAUGCGGCCAGCCGAGCUGCAGGAGGCGCUUGGCUUGCCCCGUCCUGGAGAAGGAGAUUCGAGGCGAUGGCUGGUGCAGCCGUCGUGCGCCAUCAUGGGCCACGGCCUCUACGAAGGCCUCGUGUGGCUGGCGGACAACUACCAGCCCCGGCCCAGCAACGUCUACGGAUGAUGAUGGCACGGGGGUGACCGAGCGAAGACGAACUGCCGCGGGACGAUCGCUGGUGCUGGAUGUUGAUGGACGUGGCACCGACAGAGGUGCAUGAGUUACGCAUGGAAUGGUUUAUGUGGAGGUGGCCGGAUAGCCCAAGAGUUCAGUGCAUUGUGCUGGCCCCGUCGAGGUCAUUGGUUCAAAUCUGGGUAUCGUCUGCUCGUGAGUAAAUCGGCAUCUCUAGUUUAUUAAGUUCUGGUCACCAAUGGCUGCACACAAAAAUAGAUUUAGGAUUUCGUUCAGUUUUGCAAAAAAACAGUGUUUCAGGUUCCUAACAAAUGUUGGUAUAAAUGUUAAGUGACCGACGUUUCUCAAGCAAAGCAUGCGAGAGGCACCACCACCUCCCAGUGUAGAUAAGAGGCACGUGGAGGGAUCUCAGAAGUAGUUCUGUGAUGUCACCUUCCACGGGCCGUUCUCUAACACUGGGGGAUGCACUGCGAAAUUGAGAUGUAUUUGUCUCCAACCUAAUGUCUACAGCACAAUUUGUAUAAUAUUGGGAGAUUUAAAAAAAUUCACAUAUUAAAAAAAUAAUAAGUGAAUAUUACAUUCAGUUAGUGCUGAAAAAUAUCACGAAAUAAGGAACAUUAAUAUUGUUAUUUUUCUUAUUCGUGUCUCCUGUCCAACAUAUAUAGUCUUUUGCAAAUAUUCUGCACAGGUCACCGCUUUUGGUGUUGGCAUUGUCAAAUCUUGAGGAGUAGCAUUGUGGUGCUGCAGGACAUCGCAGGAGAUAAUCCAUAGUUUGCUUCUCCUGACAAGCACAGUGUUCGGUUGCGCAGAAGCCAUAUAAUUAAAAAAAAAACAGGACGCGGAUAUGCAGUAUUAAAACAAACGGAAUGCUGUAUGUAUAAAUGUGGUUCCUGAUAAAGAAUAAAUCAGUACAUUAUACAACUUAUGUACCAGCUCAGACCUUCUGUCCUAACAAUUGUAGAAUAUUCGUACGCAUUACAGGAAUACAUCGUAAGCCUAACACGAUUUUCAUGAAUUUUUACAUUAAAUGUAGAGUAUUUAAAAAAGUAUGAACUGCGAACUGUUGUAUAUUGUCUUAAACGAACAGCUGGUAUACAUAAGGUACUUUAUAAUAUAUGAAUGCUAUAUAGACGUACACCAAUCAAUGUAUUAUCGUCUCAUUGAUCAAUAUCGAGUCACACGAACUAUACAUGAAUGAAAUUGCGUGUUUCAAAUUCGAUUGUUUGCGAACAUUACUGUAUAUUUCUGGAUUUGAA